ACAGCGGCCACGAUGGAGACCAGUGGCAAGCAUGUGACCUGUCAGCUGAUGAUGGCGGUUGGAACUGCUGUGAUCGGUUCGCUGCAGUUUGGCUAUAACACAGGUGUGAUCAACGCACCCCAGAAGAUUAUUGAAGCUUUCUACAAUGAGACCUGGGCUCACCGCUACUCACAGUCCAUCCCACCGACAUCGCUGACAACACUGUGGUCCCUGUCUGUCGCCAUCUUCUCUGUGGGUGGAAUUUUUGGCUCCUUCUCCGUAGGACUGUUUGUCAAUCGCUUUGGAAGGAGGAACUCCAUGCUCAUGGUCAAUGUACUGGCCUUCAUUGCUGCUGGCCUCAUGGGUUUCUCCAAGAUGGCGGCAUCAUGGGAAAUGCUAAUCAUUGGGCGCUUUGUGGUGGGACUGUACUCGGGCCUGUCCACGGGUUUCGUCCCUAUGUAUGUGGGGGAGAUCUCUCCCACCUCCCUCCGGGGGGCUCUGGGCACUCUGCACCAGCUGGGCAUCGUUGUUGGCAUCCUCAUAGCACAGAUAUUUGGCAUGGAUGCUAUCAUGGGAAAUGCUGAGCUGUGGCCCUACCUCCUGGGCUUCACCCUGGUCCCUGCCAUUGUCCAGUGCGCCCUCCUGCCUUUUUGUCCUGAAAGUCCACGGUACCUGCUCAUCAACUGCAAUGAGGAGAGCCAGGCCAAGAGCGUGCUGAAGAAGUUGCGGGGUACCUUGGAUGUGAACAAUGAUGUGCAGGAGAUGAAGGAGGAGAGUAGGCAGAUGAUGCAGGAGAAGAAGGUGACCAUCGUGGAGUUGUUCCGUUCACCACUGUAUCGGCAGCCCAUCUACAUCGCCAUCAUGCUGCAGCUCUCGCAGCAGCUGUCGGGCAUCAACGCAGUGUUCUACUACUCAACAGGGAUCUUUGAGAAGGCAGGAGUAUCUCAGCCCGUCUAUGCCACCAUCGGUGCAGGAGUGGUCAACACGGCCUUCACAGUGGUAUCUCUGUUUGUGGUGGAACGUGUUGGCCGCCGCUCCCUGCAUCUCACGGGACUGAUGGGGAUGGCUGUCUCCGCUGUACUGAUGACAGUUGCCAUGGCAUUACUGGACAAACUGAAGUGGAUGUCAUACGUCAGCAUCGUGGCCAUCUUCAGCUUCGUGGCUUUCUUUGAGAUCGGCCCAGGCCCCAUUCCUUGGUUCAUUGUUGCUGAGCUGUUCAGCCAGGGCCCUCGACCCUCAGCCAUUGCCGUGGCCGGAUUCUCGAACUGGACGGCCAACUUUAUUGUGGGCAUGUGCUUCCAGUAUGUGGAGCAACUGUGCGGCCCUUACGUCUUCAUCAUCUUCACCUUGCUGCUGCUCGUCUUCUUCGUCUUCACCUACCUCAAGGUGCCGGAAACCAAGGGCCGGACCUUCGACGAGAUCUCGGCUGGCUUCCGGGAGACGGCAGCGGCAGGGACUGAGAAGCGUUCGCCGGAGGAGCUGAGCACCCUGGGUGCCGACUCCCAGCUUUAGACAAGUCUGCCAGCAGGACUCACAGACGCGCACACACAUACACACGCACACACCCAAAACCCACUUCCACAGGGCACAAGAGACCACCUUCCAUAGAAACAUUCAGUUACUCUUUUGCUUAUGAUAAUCUUACCAGACAAAGGGUAGGGGGACUUCAAAAGGAAGAGGGAACAAGG